CCCUUUAAUUUCCUUCACCCACCUUUCAUCAGUAUGAUCAAAUUACUCCUCCUUUCACUCUCAUUUUCCACUCUAUAUUCUCUCGUAACAGCCUAUGAUCGCAGCGGCAAGUGGCAGUUCUUGCAUUCUAGUGUAGGCAUAUCAGCCAUGCACAUGCAACUCUUACAUAAUAACGAAGUCAUCAUCUUCGAUCGCACUGAUUUCGGACCCUCUAACCUCACUCUCCCUGGGGGCCGUUGUCGAUUUGAUGCUAAUGACAACGCACUCCAGGUUGAUUGCACUGCCCAUUCAAUCCUCUAUGAUAUCCAUACAAACAGAUUUCGUCCUCUUAUGGUCCAAACCGAUACCUGGUGCUCUUCUGGGUCAGUCCUCCCAAACGGAACCCUUGUCCAAACUGGUGGUUACAAUGAUGGUGAUCAUGCCAUUCGCACAUUCACCCCUUGUGCUGCUGGAAAUUGUGAUUGGGUUGAAUUUCCAAGUUAUUUGUUGGAACGAAGAUGGUAUGCUACUAAUCAAAUUCUACCGGAUGGUAGGAUAAUUAUCGUCGGCGGGAGACGACAAUUCAACUAUGAGUUCUAUCCUAGAAAUUCAGAAAGCUCGUCUUCUCAGCAAACAUUUCUGCUACGUUUCUUGAGGGUGACUUCAGACUCAGAUGAGAACAAUUUGUAUCCAUUUCUACACCUUUUACCUGAUGGAAACUUGUUCAUUUUCGCUAAUACACGAUCAAUAUUACUAGACUAUAAUCGAAACCGAGUGGUGAGGGAGUUUCCAAGGAUUCCCGGCGAAGACCCACGAAAUUAUCCGAGCACAGGAUCAUCGGUGCUGCUUCCUUUGGAUGAGAACAAUGGCAUUGAUCCUGAAGUCAUGGUGUGUGGAGGUGCACCAAGAGGUGCACAUAAGCGAGCCUUGAAUGGUGACUUCAAAGCUGCACUUUCCACUUGUGGAAGACUCAAGGUUGCCCGUGCAAACCCAAGAUGGGUCAUGGAAGAAAUGCCGGUACCACGAGUCAUGGGCGACAUGAUACUUCUUCCUCAAGGUGAUGUGAUCAUAAUCAACGGCGGAGCAUUGGGCACCGCUGGGUGGGAAAAUGCACGCGACCCCAUCACCCAUCCGAUCAUCUACCGUCCCUCUGCACGCCUCAACCAGCGUUUCUUUACAAUGCCAUCAUCGUCAAGACCCCGGUUAUACCAUUCAUCAGCAAUUUUACUAACCGAUGGACGUGUAUUGGUAGGAGGUAGCAAUCCACAUAAGUUCUACAACUUCUCCAAUGUUUUGUUCCCAACAGAUUUGAGCUUGGAAGCAUACAUGCCACCAUAUCUGUCAACCGAAUUUGAUUCCAUAAGGCCACGGAUUUUGUCUCUCUACGGAAUCCACGGGAUAUUAAGGUAUGGGAGGCAUUUCAGUGUGAGCUUCAAUGUGGAACAAUUCUCACAGGCGGAUUUUGUGUCGGUUAGGAUCAUUGCGCCAUCUUUUUCUACACAUUCUUUUGCAAUGAACCAAAGGAUGGUGGUGCUGAAGAUGACCAGUGUGAUCAAUCGGCCACUACUGACUCGUACGUACCGAGUGAGUGUGGUAGGACCGUCCACAGCUGCCAUUGCUCCGCCAGGAUUCUAUAUGUUGUUCGUAGUGCAUGAUGGGAUACCAAGUCCUGGCGUUUGGGUGAAGGUAGGGUAGUGUUAUGGGGUUUGUUUUGUUUGUUUGUUUCUUUUAUAUUGUAGUUUCUUUGUAGUAUCUUUUUCUCUAAUAAAGCAUUGGGUAAUGA